AUGUCAUAUUCUCUGCAGGGUUCCAAGCGUCCAAGAACUGGGAUGUCUGAAUCAAUGAGUCAACAGGGUAUUAUGACAAAUGCUUCUGUGCAGGACACAUACCAAUCUGAUUUUGGAUCUGUUGAGGUUAACAAUUCAACCAUUACUGGGAUUGCAAAUGAUGUUGGAUCACAUUGGGAUUGGGAUGAUGAUGAUAGAGGUGUCUGCAUGGAUAUCCAAGCACUUCUGUCUGAGUUUGGUGAUUUUGGUGACUUCUUUGAAAAUGAUGCUUUGCCUUUUGGAGAGCCCCCAGGUAGUGUGGAUCCUAUGUUUUCUGUACAGGAUUGUGGAGAUGUUGGUGGUAGUCCUUACACUGGGAUAAUGGAUGUUGCAGAUCAGAUGGUUUUGCCUGGAGGCUUUUCAUCUUUUGACAAUUUCAAUCCUCCUCCAGUUGCCAUGGAGGAGUCUCUUACCAAAAGUCAAGAAGUCUUAAAGAAUGAGAUGUCUUCAGGUGCUGUUAAUUCUACUCCAGUGUCUUCUGUGGGUGAGUUUGUCCACUUGAUAAAAGCUGAGGCGCUGAUGACAUUUGCUCCAGAAUAUGGAGCUGUUGAAACCCCAGCCAGUGAGUUUUCAACAUCAAUUUUCAGGAGCCCGUACAUACCAAAAUCUCGAGAAGUUCAGAGUGCAACUUCAAGCUCAAAAAGUAAUGUAUACUGUGCAACACCACCUUCAUCGCCUUGCAUAGAUGGAUCGGAUGAGAAGUCUGCUGUGGUUGUAAACCCAAAAGCAUGCUCCAGCAAGCAUGAUUCUGCUGCUUAUUACACAGUUGUAGAGACUGGGAAAGACCAGCAUGAAAGAAAGAUAUAUUCUUGCAACAAUGGUGUUGUUCCUCAUGAGGCAAUAGUGCCUUCUUCAUACCCUGGUUUCAAUUCUACAAAUGCUGUCAAAUCUGUCCAGAAGAAAAUGAGUGAAGCAACAUUUGGCACGGAAAAUUUUCUUGUAUCUAUGCGAACUGUGCUUGCCACAGAAGUUGAAUGUGUUAUAUUUCAAGUUUCUAUGUGCAGGUUUCGACAUAUUCUGUUAUCUUCUAGCAGUGUGCCACCUAUGGCUUUGAGUAGGUUAGCUGGAAGUACUGUUCUAAAUCAGUUGCAUAGUGAACCAAACACCACAAAUUGUAACGUUUUUAACAAGUAUGAUGUGAAAAAGAGAGAAUCAAUACCUGUUAGAAUAGCUGGUGACAUUGAUGGAGGACUGCUAGAUGGACCACUUAAUGCACCUGUAGGUGUUUGGCGCUCAGUUGGAGUUCCUAAAGGUGUAAAACCAAGUACAUCUCCUACCAUGGACAUAGGUGCCCCUUUAGCACCACUUUCAUCCAAUGAAGAGGGAAUGCUCUCUUAUGGGCCAAGGCAACCACUUCAGGAAUUCCUUGAUGGCUUGGCAUUACUUGUACAACAGGCUACUUCAUUUGUUGAUCUUGCACUUGAUGCUGAUUGCAAUGAUGGCCCUUAUGGUUGGCUUGCAUUGCAAGAGCAGUGGAGGCGUGGAUUUGCAUGCGGACCUUCUAUGGUUCAUGCAGGUUGUGGAGGAAGUUUGGCUUCAUGUCAUUCCCUGGAUAUUGCUGGUGUGGAGCUAAUGGAUCCACUUAUGGCUGAUGUUCAUUCUUCAUCAGUGAUUAGUUUGCUGCAGUCAGACAUAAGGACAGCCUUAAGAUCUGCUUUUGAUAGCAGGUUAGAUGGCCCAUUGUCUGUCACUGAUUGGUGCAGAGGUUGUAGUCAAUCAGUUGAUGCAGGAACCGUGGGUGAUGGGUAUUCCACUAAACACCCCAGAGGUGAAUUUAGAGAUUCUUCAAGUACUGUUACUUUGUCUGUUGAAGCAACAAGCCCGUCUCAGUCAUCUGUUAUUGGAUCCUCAUGCCUGAAAGGUAGUCAUUUGUUUACAUUUAUAGAUGAACUGAUAUUCAAGGUUUUUGGUUUACCAACAGUUGGGUCACUGGUUUCACAGAUGGAGCUAGAGUGGAUGAGACAAACCAGAGGAGAUCAAACCAAGAAACCUGCACUGCAGAGUCAGAGCAGCAGCUCAGGCCAACCGUAUUUGUACUGCCGUUACCUUCUUUACUUGUGGGGUAUGCCUUCUAAUCCUUAA